UUCCACGGUAUCGACAGAAUGUGGCUUCAUCGUCUGGAGGGAAAAUAACCAAAAAAAUCCAAAUAUGUGGAUACCGACAGAAGAGGAGAAAAUCGGAGUUGUGAUCUGUAACUUCCGGGGGUCAGUGUGUCAGGCCCUGGUCCUGGAGAUAGGGGAGACCGUGCAGAUACUGGAGAAGAGUGAAGGUUGGUACAGAGGGUUUUCCACCAAAAAGCCUUCCGUAAAGGGCAUCUUCCCAAUCAGCUAUGUUCACUUGAAGAAAUCCACUGUGACCAACAGAGGACUGUGUGAGACGGUGGUACCCCUGGAGGACCCUAUCAUCACUGAGACCACCUCCACGCUACAGGAAUGGGGGGUGCUAUGGAAGCAGCUCUACGUGAAACACAAGGUGGACCUCUUCCACAAGCUGCGCCACGUGAUGAACGAGCUCAUCGACCUGCGGCGUCAGCUGAUCCAGGGUCACCUGGCGCAGGAGCAGACCCGAGAGAUCAAACGGCACAUCACCGUCAGACUGGACUGGGGCAACGAGCACCUUGGCUUAGACCUGGUUCCCAGGAAAGAGUUUGAAAUGGUGGAUCCAGAUCAGAUCAGUGUGUCUGAAUUAUACAAAAUGCAUGUAUCAAGCAGACACUGUGGCCAGCCAAGCACAAACCAGGGUGACAGCGUGCGUCAGCGCCACGGAGACGGUUGCCGUGUCCCGGUGCUGCACCACCUAUUCGUCAACCUGAAGAGCUUCACCUACAACACCAUCAGUGAGGACGCGGACGUGUUCUUCUCUCUCUACGACACCCGCGAGGCCAAGCAGAUCAGCGAAAGGUUCAUGGUGAGACUGAACAAGAAUGGAGGACCAAAGAACCCAGAGAAGAUUGAUCGUCUGUGUGCCCUCUUCACGGACCUAAGCAGUAAAGACCUAAAGAAAGAUCUGUACAUUGUUGCACAUGUCAUAAGAACUGGUCGUAUGUUACUGAACGACUCGAAGAAGGGCCCGCCCCAUGUCCAGUACCGGAGGCCAUACGGCUGUGCUGUCCUCGCUAUGAGUGACGUGUUCCACACCAUCACUGAUCUCAAAGAGGAGAAAGACUUUGUGCUGAAAGUUUACACAUGCAACAACGAAAACGAAUGGUUCCAGAUCCAUGAGAACAUCAUCCGCAAGUCCAGCACCAAGUACUCGGCCCCUAGCACCAACUAUGGCCUCAUCAUCUCCCUGCAGCUGCUGCGGGGUGAGCUGGAGCAGAUCAGACGGGAGAACCAGGCGGUGUUCAGCCGGGCCCUGGCCCUCACACGCAAGUUGGGCUUCCCGGACGUCAUCCUGCCCGGUGACAUUCGUAACGACCUGUACCUCACCUUGGAGAAAGGAGACUUUGAGAGGGGUGGCAAGAGCGUCCAAAAGAACAUUGAGGUCACUGUCUAUGUCCUGUAUGCUGAUGGGGACACACUCAAAGACUGCAUCAGUCUGGGCAGUGGGGAGCCCAACACGAGUGAGCAUCGCUCCUUUGUCCUCUACCACAACAACAGUCCUCGCUGGAGUGAGAUGAUCAAGCUGCCCAUACCUAUAGACCGCUUCAGAGGAUCUCAUCUGCGCUUUGAGUUCAGGCACUGCUCCACUAAAGACAAAGGAGAGAAGAAGCUGUUUGGCUUCGCCUUCACUCCACUGAUGAGAGAGGACGGCACCACACUCUCAGAUGAGAGCCAUGAGCUCUACGUCUACAAGUGUGAUGAGAAUGCCACCUUCAGUAACCAGGGGCUGUACCUGAGCAUGCCAUGCUGUAAGGAAGACUUCAACAGCUGCCCCAGUCUGCCUGCCAACCUGCCCUUCCAGAGGAGCCCCAAAGAAACCUUCUGGGUCUCCACUCAGCUCUGCUCCACCAAGCUCACACAGAACGUGGAUCUGCUGGCCUUGCUGAACUGGAAGGCCCACCCUGACAGAGUUCUGGACAUCCUGGGUCGACUACGCCACAUUAACGGAGAGGAGAUAGUCAAGUUUCUGCGAGAUGUCCUGGACACACUGUUCUGUCUUCUGGAUGAAAACACUGAUAAAUAUGGACCUCUGGUUUUCCAGUCACUGGUGUUCAUCAUCAACCUACUCAGGGACAGCCGCUUCUACCAUUUCAGGCCUGUCAUGGACUCUUACAUCCAGAACCACUUUGCUGGAGCAUUGGCCUACAAAGAGCUGAUCCGCUGUUUGAAGUGGUACAUGGACCGCUCUGCUGAGGUGGUGAGACAGGACCACAUUCAGGAGGCCAUGAGGGCUCUGGAGUAUCUGUUCAAGUUCAUCGUUCAGUCCAGGAUCCUGUACUCGCGGGCCACCUGUGGGAUGGAGGAGGAGCAGUUCCGGGCCAGCAUCCAGGAGCUCUUCCAGUCCAUCCGCUUUGUCCUCAGUCUGGACAGCCGCAACUCUGAGACCCUGGUCUUCACACAGGCAGCGUUGUUGAACAGUUUCCCAGACAUCUUUGAUGAGCUGCUGCAGAUGUUCACUGUUCAGGAGGUGGCAGAGUAUGUGAGGGGCACGCUGGGGAGCAUGCCCAGUACGGUUGACAUCGGCCAGUCGAUGGACGUGGUCAAACUGCAGUCCAUUGCCCGCACCGUGGAGAGUCGGCUUUUCUUCUUCCCUGAGUCUCGUAGUAUCUUGCUGCCCGUGGUCCUGCAUCACAUCCACCUGCAUCUCCGCCAGCAGAGGGAGCUACUGAUCUGCUCUGGCAUCCUGGGAAGCAUCUUUUCCAUCAUCAAGACCAGCUCCAUGGAGUCGUCUGUGCAGGAGGAGGUGGAGAUGAUGGUGGAGAGCCUGCUGGAUGUGCUGCUGCAGACUCUGCUGUCCAUCAUGAGCAAGUCCCAGUCUCUGGAGACAGCUAGGGGGCAGCGUUGUCCUCAGUGCACGGCUGAGAUCACUGGCGAGUACGUGUCCUGCCUGCUGUCCCUGCUCCGACAAAUGACAGAGCUCCACUUUCACCAUCUGCUCAACAACUUCCACAGCAAAGACGAGCUCAAGGAGUUUCUGUUGAAAAUCUUCUGCGUGUUCCGGAAUCUGAUGAAGCUCACCAUCUUCCCUCGAGACUGGAGCGUGAUGAGGCUGCUGACGAGUCAUGUCAUCGUGGCAACAACUCAGUACCUGUCCCCGGCAUUGCACAAGAACUUUUCUGAGGUGGAUUUUGACUUCAAGGUGUGGAACUCCUUCUUUAGCCUGACAGUUCUGUACAUCAACCAGCCCAGUCUGCAGCUGGAGCCUCUCAGUCAGUCUAAGAGGAAGAAGAUCCUGGACAAGCAUGGAGAUCUGAGAGUGAUGAUGGCUUAUGAGCUCUUCAGUAUGUGGCAGAAACUGGGGGAGAACAAGCCCCACUUCAUCCCAGGAAUGAUGGGGCCCUUCCUGGGAGUGACGCUGGUGCCGCAUACGGAGGUCAGGAACAUCAUGAUCCCCAUCUUCCAUGACAUGAUGGACUGGGAGCAACGGAAGAACGGCAACUUCAAGCAGGUGGAGGCAGAGCUGAUGGAUAAGCUGGACAGCAUGGUGUCUGAUGGGAAGGGAGAUGACCACCAUCGAGAGCUCUUCAGCCUGCUGACCCAGCUGUUUGGCCCUUACCCCAGCCUCCUGGAGAAGAUCGAGCAGGAGACAUGGAGAGAGACAGGCAUCUCCUUUGUCACGUCUGUCACGAGACUCAUGGAACGACUGCUAGAUUACAGGGACUGCAUGAAGGGUGAUGAGACGGAGAACAAGAAGAUGGGUGGUUCUGUCAACCUUAUGAACUUCUACAAGUCAGAGAUCAACAAGGAGGACAUGUACAUCCGCUACAUCCACAAGCUGUGUGACCUGCACCUCCAGGCUGAAGAUUUCACAGAGGCAGCGUUCACCCUGCUGCUGUACUGGGAGCUGCUGCACUGGGAGGACCGGCCCCUCAGGGAGUUCCUUCACUACCCGUCUCAGAGCGAGUGGCAGCGCAAGGAGAACCUCAGCCGCAAAGUCCUCCACUACUUCAACAAGGGCAAGUGUUGGGAGUAUGGAAUUUCUCUCUGCCGGGAACUGGCUUUCCAGUAUGAAACGUUAUAUGACUACCAGAGCCUGAGCUGGAUCCGGAAAAUGGAGGCUGCGUACUAUGACAACAUCAUAGAGCAGCAGCGUAUCGAACCAGAGUUCUUUAGGAUGGGCUUCUAUGGCAGGAAGUUCCCCUUCUUCCUCCGAAAUAAGGAAUUUGUCUGCAAAGGUUAUGACUAUGAGCGACUGGAGGACUUCCAGCAGAGGAUGCUGGGAGAGUUUCCUCAGGCCAUCGCCAUGCAGCACUCCAACCAGCCAGACGACACCAUCCUACAGAACGACGCUCAAUACCUGCAGAUCUAUGCGGUGACCCCCGUGUCCGACAUCUCGGACGUGCCCCAGCUGGAGCGCGUCCCAGAGAGGAUCAAGAGCUUCUACCGCAUCAACAACGUCAACCGCUUCCACUACGACAGGCCCUUCCACAAGGGCCCCAAGGACAGAGAGAACGAGUUCAGGAGCCUGUGGAUUGAGCGGACCACACUGAUCCUAACACGUCCGCUCCCUGGGAUAGCUCGCUGGUCUGAGGUGGAGAGGAGAGAGCUGGUGGAGGUGAGCCCUCUGGAGAAUGCCAUCUACGUGGUGGAGAAUAAGACCCAGGAGCUGCGUACCCUGAUCAGCCAGUACCAACAUAGACAGCACCAUGGCAACAUCAACCCCCUCAGCAUGUGCCUCAACGGAGUCAUAGAUGCAGCUGUCAACGGAGGCAUCGCCAGAUACCAGGAGGCAUUCUUUGACAAGGACUACAUCAACAGUCACCCAGAGGACUCUGAGAGGAUCACUCAGCUGAAGGACCUGAUGCAAGAGCAGGUCCACAUCCUGGGAGUGGGGCUGGCCGUCCAUGAGAAGCUGGUGCACCCUGAAAUGCGCCCCCUGCACAAAAAGCUUGUAGAUCAGUUCCACGUGAUGAGGACUGGUUUACACCAUUUGAUGUUUGUGGCCCAGCAGGGCGUGCCUGGAGUGGACAGGUUCAGUCCUGCAGGCUGUUCUGGGGUCAGCUCCCCCAGGGGCAUCCUGACCUCCCACAGCCACAUGAGCCCAGAGAGCAUCCGUCUGGUCCACAGGCACAGUCCUCUGAACCUGCAGGGCUCCAUCCGCCACUCCUCCUCCUCCCUGUCCUCCCACACAUCCAGCGAGGCGGGGAACCUAGUCAUCCUGACAGACGGCCUGAUGGGAGAGCACUCGGAGGACACCUCCCUCAUGCAGCCUAGCCCCUCCUCCUCCAGCCUCAGCUCGAUUCGCUCCAACUCCUCCCAGGUCGUCACCUCCGCCCCCUCCAGCGCCAGAGGCUCUCCGUCUCUACCUGACAAGAGCAAACACAACCGGGAGGUGAUGAUGCUGCUCCCGCCGCACCGGGAGCGGGCUAACAACACCAUGUACUACAGCAUGACUGAGAACGGACAGACCAACCACCUACAGCGUGCCUUACUUCAACAAGUGAGCCCCUGUAAGCCUUGCGCUGAUCCUCAUAUGGGUUUACCAGAGAAAGUGUUCCCCAAUGCCCCCAGCACCUGGAGUCUGGAUGGGGAGUGCAGGGAGACAGUGCCCUACAUCCAGGGCCCUGCUGGAGGGGCCAUCAUGCCCCCUGUCCCCCCCAGAUCCUUCCCCCCUGGACAUUUCCUGAUGCACUUUGAUGCGUUUCACCACCAGAACAGCGACCCGCCUCCGGCUCUGCCUGUUCGCUCUCUGAGAAAGUCUCCCCUGCACCCAAUCCCUGGCUCCCCCACCAGUCCUCAGUCAGCAUUAGGGGGCAGCAACUCCACCCUGUCUGGCAGCGCCAGCAGCGGGGUCUCCUCUCUGAGUGAGAGUAACUUUGGAGGGCAGUACCCAGACCCUACGCCCAUCAGGAACGAGGCCAUGGAGCCCAUACCCAGCCACCUGUGGACCCCUGAUGAGUACCUGUCCUCCCCCUACCUGCACAUCCACUACAGUGGGCCCGAAACCGACUCCAUGGACCCUGUCCGGCCCCUCCACUACCGCAGCCCUGCCUCGCACCCCCCCUCUCACCCCCACUCCCACCCUCAUUCCCACACCCAGCUGACGGGGCUGGACCCCCACUCCCAUGCUUCUGCCCACCCCCACGCGCCGCUCCACGGCCCCCACCACAUCCCUUACCGCCGGCCCCAGCCCCCGGGUGUGCCCCCUAAGCCUUACCUGAGGGAGGGCUGCAUCCCUGAGGAGGAGCUGGUCCCCCAGCCCAUCCCCCUGCCCCGGAGGAUCUUCCACUCUCCCCACAGCCACAGGGAGGAGCAGGCCAAGCAUGCCUGGGAGCAGUGCAUCAGCGAGGAGCAUGAGGAGACACCAUGA